GUCAAUAUUUGAUACGGUGCUUGGAUAUAAACGUGCCAAUUUAUCGAUUGAAUACCUCAUUUAUCACACAUUUAUGAAUUUCGGUUUAAUCAAUUUUGGCAAUUUAUAAAAGGUUGAAUCGCUCUUGGGCACAAUGAAAACAGAGCAUCUUAUCAGCGUAAAGGAACGGAUGGUGUACAUUACGUUGUUCUGCAUACAGUCCCUCGUCGAAAUAGUGUUCUUUGGCCUGUCACUGUACUUUGAGUCAAAUAUGAAACGCAAUUCACUAUACACGGUCAAGGGAUCAACGCUUCUUCUUGGUAAUUUGUUCCUGAUCGAGGCCAUCAUGUUGAAAAAUCCUAAUCACAUAUAUUUGUACGCGAUAAUAUACGCUUAUACACUCUCCUCGGCCUUUCUUGGCGAAGCAAAAGAACCCGGUCUCUCUCUGGCUUUCCGAACAGCAGUCGUGGGAACAUUGUUAUUGAGAGGAUUGAUGGUGUGCAUACUGUUCCGAAAAAUAAGGCAGGUAUUUGUUUGGUAUUCUUUCAAAAAACUUGGCCCAAGCACAGAAUUGAUUGGUAAGUUCAUUUUCUAAUUUAAGAAGCUAAUAAGGUAAGUCACAUAUUUAAUUUUGACCAGGCAACAAGUCAUAGUUAUCUUCAAACUGUACAUACUGUUCGGGAUCAUAAAAUCAUUUCUUCCGCUAUUGGUGAUGAAGUAUGGUAGGGUCCUUUUUACGUUGCAUAUCUUUUGCAAAGUAUCAAUCUACAUCAUAUACCAGACAUACAAACAUGAAGAGAACCGUGUAAUGUAUAGAAUAUUGUACAUGUUGAUCGCUGCUGAAGUUAUAAUCACAGUAAUAGACACACUUGUCUACAUUUACCAUGGUGAUGAGCUGAAACCGUAGGUGCAUUUUCUAAUUUGUUUAAUAUUUCUGACAAAUGGAUUUAAAAUACUGACAACUUUGCUAUUUUUAUUCAUUCUUAUCGAUGAUGAGCAGAAUUUCGGGGCCGGUCUGAAGGAGUACGUGCUAUAGAUGGAAUAUGAGCGGUUGGAGAAAGAGGAGUAAGAAGUGCUUCCAUUAAAGCUUUUGUGUAACA